AUGGACGACGCCUCGGCCGCUUGUCGACACGCCGACGAGGCCCCGAACCGUCUGCGACGCGCCGAGACGGUACUCCAGUAUCGCACGAGUCGCAUCGUGCUCGUGCUGGAGCAGUGCAUGGACUCACACAACCACCAGGCUGUGCUCCGGACGGCCGAGGCGCUGGGUAUCCAGCACGUGUGGCUCAUUGCAGCCAACGCCCAGCAGGUCAAGACGCACGCGGACCCUACUAAAAAGAGCCACAAGCGCAGCAGUGGAAAGAAAAUUACCAAAAACUGUGCGCUGUGGCUCACUGUGCGCGAGUUUUCGAGCAUUGCAACUUGUCUUGCGGCCCUGCGAGCGAGUGAGAUGACGAUCUGGGCGACGGACUUGUCGCCUCAAGCCGAGCCGCUCGUUGUUGAUACGAAACCUGAUGAGUUGCCGCCGCGCUUGGCACUUGUGAUUGGACGUGAAACAGAUGGCGUGAGUGUCGAGAUGCUGCGUGCAGCACAUCGACGCGUGUAUGUGCCGUUGGUUGGCUUUAGUGAGAGCCUCAAUUUGUCGGUGGCCACAGCGCUCGUGCUUCAGCGACUGUUGGACUGGUUUCCGGCUGUUCGCGGCGACCUCAGUGAGCAUGAGAAGCGCGAACUUCGUGAGAAGUGGUAUCCUCAGUUAAUGAGCACUCCGACGCAAGCGGCUCAGGCCGAGCCGUGGACUUCGGGUCGAGUACCAAUUUGUCUGCUUCCUGACUUGCGGCGUGAAAAGCAUGACGCAUGGAUCCCCAAGAGCGUUCGAAGACGUGAGCAAGAUAUGCCACAAGUGAGGGAGCGAGUGGGUAAGAGAAAGCAGUCUGACGACGGCCAGGUACACAGCAAGGAAGUACGAGUAGAAGAAGAGGAAGAUUGA